AUGGUAGCGAAGAGUGUCCGCACUGAUACAGGGACAAUGUCCAACUCACUGAUGCCUGAGGCACAAACUUUGAACGCCCCCAAUCCGUUCGCUGAACGUGGAGAUGCGAGCGCACAACCAGCACAGCAUGCAGUAACUGGGUCUGAUGAAACUAUCAUCACAAAACCGCUCGAUGAGCAACAACAUUUGCUUGUUCAGCAAGAAGAAAACGCUCAGCGUCAUGCACGAAUGGUUGUAACGCUUGAACGCCAGCGUGACUAUGUGUUCACCCCACCCAGUGUGGAGGAACGUCUACGUCAAGCGGCCGGCCAAACGUUGGCAACGUGGGUCAUUGGCCAUGGGCCCAAGACUCCUGAGGGGGUGGUGAGCUGCCAGGCACUUCGUAAGAGGUACCUGGAGCCGCACCUAACGACUCAAAGUCAAUACAAGGCACGCCUUGACAUGCAAGCACGUGGUGCACCGGUUCCACCGAUCAAGGGCAUACCCAUUCUCUUGCUCGCAGGCGAAACAGCGAGUGAGGAAGACGAUGCCUUCGUUCACUGGCUUCGGUAUGAUUAUGCCAAGCUUAAGGCCAGAGGCCAAUUGCGCAAGCGCACGCGCUAUGCGUCGGCUACUAAGGUAGCCGCGAGCGCUGGUCAGUCGGUGGCCAGCAACCCGCCAACCCGCACCACUAGUGGUGGGGAACGGCCUCGGUCUCGAGAUGACCAUGGCCACGAUGCUCAAACGCAUCCAAAGCAUAUGGGCAGUCUUGCCGAAGGGAUACCUCAAAUUCCCAUGAGUUUUCAGACUCAGGGUACCCACGCCACUUUACAAGAUAAUGGUAUUGGCCCUGACGACGACGUCGUUUCAUUAGUCUCUCGACAUGAAAUUGACGACACCCAUGCUCAUCGAGCAAAGUCGGUGGCGGCCGGUGUACCGGCAUAG